GUGUUCACCAACAUCUACAUCAUGACUCUUCUGCUGCUCGGAGCCGUGCUGCUGGGAAACCUGGGAGUCUGUGUCGCUGCACAAGUGAUGCUCGCUCCACCUGCUCAGGUGAUGUUUGACUCCGUGGACUAUAAAAACAUUCUACACUGGACUCCGCCCACCAACAAGACCUCACUGCUGUACUACAUCCAGUGGAAGAUUUACGGGGAGCCUCAGUGGUUGGACGUGGGCGGUUGUCAGGGGAUCCAGAAGCCUGAGUGUGACCUCAGUGACGUGACCUCUGACCCCAGAGAGUGGUACUACGCCAGAGUUCACGCCUCCUCUCUGCCCUCCAACAAAUCAGCCUGGGCCCUCUCCCCCAGAUUCAGCCCCCGCUGGGACACUAAACUCAGCCGACCCGUCCUGCGGCUGAGCGUCACAGAGGAAGGGAUUGUGGUUCGUGUGAAGUUGCCCCGACCGCUGGUCCGGAAGAUGCACCGCAGUCUGCUCUACAACAUCUUCCUCAUACACACCAGUGGGAAGGAGGAGGUGUUUGAGAUGAACUGCUGUUCUGAGACACUGACUCUGAAGAAGCUGAAACACAAAACAAAGUACUGCCUCCAGGCCCAGAUCGAGAUCCCCUUGCAGGGCAAGAGCAGCGACCGUGGCUCCCGUAAAUGUGUCACUGUGCUCUGAACACACACAGUUCUGGGUCCCUCAGUCCCUGUCUCCCUGCUCAGCCGCUGCCUUUUAAACCUGACGAUCAAUCAGCUAACAG